AUGACACAGGUAUAUAAAUACCAGCUUCUUGCUAUUAGCAUUACUGCAGUUGGAAUACUCUCUAUCAUGCCACUCUCGGAAUUUUCCUGUUGGAGUGCUAUAGCGACGGCUGAAUCGGUGUGCAAGCUGCCUUUGGAUAAUCUGCAGGUCUAUGAAAAGGAUGGAGACAUUCUAAUGGGAGGGCUUGUCCCUGUGCAUCUGAGACCUGACAACAUCAAUGUAAAAUUUACCAAAAAGCCUGACUCUGCAAAAUGUGACAAAUUUUAUACUCUGCGUUACCAAGAAGUGCUUGCGAUGGUAUAUGCCAUAAAUGAAAUUAAUAAUGAUCCCAAUCUUCUACCCAAUGUAACUCUUGGUUUCCGGAUAUAUGAUUCUUGCUACAAGGAAUCCCAAGCUAUGGAGGGAUCUAUGAGAAUUUUAUCAGGAAUACAGAAAGCAACCCCAAAUUACAGAUGUGAGUCAAAUUAUAAAAUAGCUGGAAUAAUUGGAGAUCUCCAGUCCUCUUCAUCCCUUGCAAUGGCAAGAAUUUUGGGACUUUACAGAUUUCCCCAGAUAGCCUAUGCAUCGGCAUUAUCAGAUCUGCGCGAUAAAGUUCAGUUUCCUUCUUUCUUACGUACAGUCCAAAGUGAUCAGUUAGCACCCAUUUGUAUUAUCAAGUUGAUGCUCCACUUUGGGUGGACUUGGAUAGGACUGCUGGUUUCUGAUAAUGAUUUUGGUCUCUAUAGUAGUGAACUGGUAAGAAAACAAAUCGAAGCAGCUGGAAUCUGUGUGGCCUUUUUUAUGAAGCUCUCUGCACAGCACACCAGAGAUCAGACACUUUCUAUACUGCAGGUCAUCAGAAAAUCCUCAGCUAAUGUUGUAUACUUCUACUGCUCCAUGCCUGAAGUAAUCCCUUUUAUACGAGUGGCCACAGAGCAGAAAUUAUCUGGCAAGGUUUGGGUUGCACAUGGUAGUUGGAUGUCAUCUCCAAUAUUUUCCUAUAAAGAAUUCUGGAAAACAUUAAAUGGAACCAUUGGAUUUAUCUUUCCAUCCAUAAGAAUUCCAGGAUUUGGAAAUUUCCUCUACAGCAUUCACCCCUCCUUAUAUCCAGAGGAUAUCUUUAUGAAAUCAUUCUGGGAAACAAGUUUUGGGUGCUCAUGGUCAAACCAAAGCCAAAAUCAAUCGGCAAAUACUUCUCUUCCAUACUGCACAGGGGAGGAAAACCUUAAAACUUUAGCACAAAAGGGCUACAACGAGGAGAGCGUUAGAUAUGCCAUCCUUAUUUACAAUGCAGUUUAUUCUCUCGCCCAUGGAAUAAAUGACAUGAUUUCUGUUGAGUCUUCCUCCUCAGGUUUUAAUAUCACCCAGCUUCAGCCAUGGAAGGUCUCUGGAUUAAUGGGACCAAUGUAA